AUGGUUCAGAGGACGCUCGAGCCGUUCAAAGAUGUGCUCAAGCGACAAAAACCCGAAAUUCCUGGUCAGCCAUACGAGAUGCAGGUCUUCUCCAAUAAGUUGCCAAAGGCAGUUGGAGACCCAUGGAAAGGUGCCUAUUCAAAACACGGAUUUUGGUACAAGUUUCACAAUGGGAACAAGCAAGACUUUGACAAGGUU